UGACGUGUGUUUGACAGCUGACACAGCAGUGCCAAGGCGAUUGAUUUUUUCGAAGAUGUCCUUCGCCAACAAGAUUUCUAUGUUAUGGGCCCGCCCAGGGGCCGACAAUGUCCAAAAAGAUGAUGUUCCUUGGACACUGCGUUACGCUGGUCGGGGGUUGGGAACAAUUGGCAGCUUCAUUGCAAUAGUGCUGGGCCUAAUAAACUGCACUGGCAUCAUUAUUAUGCAAGUGAGCUGUCUCAUAGCAGGCGUCUGGCAGAUGCUCGCUGGUUUCAUAGUCAUCGUGUGCGAGGCGCCCUGCUGUUGUUUCUUCAUAGACUACGUGCAAGCGCUUUCGGAUAAGAUGGAGGGUCGGCCAUAUUGGAAUAAGGCUGCUCUGUAUAUUGGGUUAUCAUUGCCACCAUUCUUUCUCUGUUUCCUGAGUCUCAGUACAUGGUUCGGCAGCGGAAUGAUAUUCGCCACUGGCAUCGUCUAUGGAAUGAUGGCGCUGGGCAGAAAAGCGUCUGUUGAAGAAAUGAGGACAUCAGCGGCAACGUUAGAGGCCGGUGGUAUCCAGCCGACGACUGCGCCGCGAGCGAACCUCGUCACCAACGAGCAACCAUUCAGUUUCACAGGACCCCCUCUUAGCAAUUGACCUGAAAAUACAUUAAAGUGACUUUAUAUGCGUCCUACAUUGUAAAAUCACUGCGUUACCUACAAUAAUAACACAUAAGUCAUUAACAUAUACAAGGAACAAAUGUUGAACUUAUAUGGAUCCUUGCGGUACACCAAAAAUGAUAUAGACUUCGUGGUGAAAUAACAUCUUAAUUUUUUUCCGUUUUAGUAUCGUGUGCUCAAGUUAGUUUAGAUUGUUAGUUUUCUGAAGCGUAUAUUUUUUUAAAGCGUUGACUUCAUAAAAUUACUGUAUUGGAUUAUAGUUAAUUGUGAAAGCAAUCGUGGCUGGACAUUAACAGAUAAAGGCUAUUAUGCAUUUAAGGUGUAGCAUAAGCACUUUAAAUAUAAGUCUUGAAUGGUUUGCGAGUGAAUUUUUGUAUGUUUGUCUCAUCUAUUCAAGUAUAAUGAUUCCUCUAUAGAAAAUAGCACAUUGCACUGGUGUUAAAAUAUAAAAGUAUUUGAAGGCAUACGUCAGUGCGAAGCCAAACAAAGCAACUUUUUUUCUUAUACACAUAGGAAUUUAUGACUAUUUAAUAUGAAAUGCGUAAUUUUGACAAAUAUUUAGCAAAUAAUUAAAGCGAAAAUUCUUAUACGAAAAUCAAGUCGACAAUUCUCGGACCAAUCUUCAUCAACAUCGCUCUGAAGUUAUUGUUAUCGCUUUAUGAAUGUCUAGUUAAUAAAUUCCUCGUAAUGUUAUUUCUAGACUUAACGAUCUCUCACAUUAAAUAAGACUUAUUUCAAAUGGUACGAAAAUACGUCAAAAUUGAAGCGCGAAAAAGACUGCAUCAACCGAAAGAUUUGACAUAAACGCUGGCUAUAAUAUAUUUGUCUCGCUUGCACGUUAAUCAUUAUCGAGAGUAAGUGAGAUAGAGCUAUACCGGCCACCAUUUCCAAAUCGAUUAUUCAAUGACUAUACAAUAUAGGUCUUCUUACGUUGGUAAAUUAACAUCGCCUCAUUAUAUGCGUUUACGAAGUACUUGAUGACGUAUAUGAGAAUUAUAUCACUUUGUUAAACGUUAACAAAUGCCGUAGAUAGAUAAAUUGUUAUUCGUAGGUAAUUAUUUCAUUUCCCAUUAGAUAUUUCUUGUGAUAUGUUACAGCUUAUGAGUGUUCGUACGUAGUUAAUGUUCAUGUUGAAUUAGAACAUAUCUAUCGUUAUUUAUGAAUAAGUUGAUUCGAUAGAUAAAUAUAUAGCAUCGAUAGUAAAGAUUACUACACACACACGAUUCCAGUGAUUAAAGCCCUCUAGAUUAGUAUACAAACCCACGACGUCUGAUACAAAGGCCUUUGUUUAGAUACUAAAUAAAUAAAGCGUCAUUCUGUAGUCAUUGCUACAUAUAAAUAGUGUAAGAUUUACGUGCGUGACCCUUUCGUACACCUCUUUAUGUAAAAUCUCCAAUUUUUCUCUGUAUUGUCCGAUUGUGGUUUACUGUAAUCUGAUAAAUCUAUCCAGAUUUGAUAUUUUAUAAUACAACAGGUGUUUUUUUUUUCAGGCUUUCGAUAACAUAAAAAUCCAAACAAUAUCUCUUGAUAUUUAAGUCAAAAAAGUAUACGGGUCGGGUGUUGUUUCGAGGCCCACGGUAAAAUUUUAAAUUAUAAAUAAAAAGUCGGCCCCUAGAAUAAGAUGAAUGUAGGUUUAAACGAUUUUAUUUUAUAGUACGUAUUUAUGUUAAACGAAUUAUUAUAAUGUUGUAUACAUUCCAAAUUCAAUUAGGGUCUCAUUUAUAUACGUCCUUAUUCAAAUUUAAUUAUUUUUAAACGGUCGCCAAAACACUUAAACAGAAACACAUGUCAAUUUAUGCUAUCUGCUCUUGAAUGUUCGAAAUUCGAAUUAUACAGAAUAAAAUGUGAUUUGAAAUGUACCUUUGAUGGCGUGAUUGUCAUUUUUUUGUAGCUGAUUUGUCGUGCCAUCGUCGUAAGUGGUGUAAUUUUUUUGAACAUUAUUGUGUUUAUUAUUUUAAGCGGUAACAUUAAAUAAUGCAUUAUUUAAUGUCGAGGUCCAUACUAAUAAACUUUUAUAACCUCAACCUUAUUUUUUGUCUUUUUUCUGUCAUGACUAACUGUGAGAAUAUGUCUAAGUAUAAUCAGUGAAAUAAUGCUAUUAAAAAGUUUAUUAGUGAAGGCAAUACACAUGGUUUAAAUGUAUUAUUAAUUAUAACGGGAAAAAUAUGAACUAUUUUAAAAACCAUGGACAUUUUUUGUUAAUAAUAAAUUUAAGACGGUUAUUGUAGACCCUAGGCUUAUAAUUCUAUUUAAUCAUUUGCUCAUCUUGAUUGAAUUUAUUGAAAUGUUUCGUUCUAAAACUUGUAUCAGCAUAAUUUAUGUCAUGAUAAAAAUAUGUUAAUUAAUAAUCUAUAAUUAUGCUUCCACAGAUCACUACUUAUGCUCCUAUUUUAUUAUAUGUUCAAAUAUGGCAACUUUUAUUGUUUUCAACUUAUGUUCUUCCAUGUUCAAUAACGAUUUACUAUUUUUUUACGUUGUAAGUGUAAAUUAUUCCCUUUUUAAUUUGUAUAUAAUUUUAUGAAUAUAAAAGCACUAAGUAUAGAUUUUAGGACUUGUUAAGACUAGCGAAACUGAUAUUUGUCACAACAGUGUUACCAGUAUGGCCUUUCAAAAGGAAAUUUAUGUCAUUUACUGUUUCGCUGCCUAUAUAUUAUGCUUUGUUGGUAUUAAGGUUUGUUCGAAAAAUAUCUCUUAUAAAUAAAUAGUUAUUGCUAUGACAAGUAUGAGGCAAUUAUGUAACAGAUUUCGUAAAAUAUUAUGUAAAUAAAUAGAUAAAUCUCGAUUUGUGUUUCGUUUUGUAUGUAUAAAAAUAUUUAAAUCAUACGAGUGUCAUUUGUAAGCUUUCGAGGACAAAAAGGAAAUAUAUAAAAAUCGAUCGAUUUAAUUAUUUAUUUACAUUUAAGAAAUAUAAAUAUUGAUUCUUUUACUGAAGCUUUUUACAUAUCUUGAUACAGUAAAAUCAAAUUAUAAAUUUUAUUUACAAAAAUAAUUAUCAAAGGAAAUAGUAUUAUAUAAUAAUGUACAUAGAAAUUAAUAUGAAAUUUAUUACAAUUAAAGACUUUACUUCUAUGGCAGAUGGAUAGCUCCAAUAAUUAUAUUACCUAUGACAUACCUAGUAAGAAAUAGUAUCCCUUGAAUACAGUGUUUUAUAUUUUUUUAAUAAUGUAAAAUGUUUACGGAGUCAUGUAGUCAUGUUAAAAAAAAUGUAUGAAGUAUGCAACUAUAUUGCUACAUCGAAAAAAUGCAAAUAUUUUAUAGCCUUUUUUUGUCUUUUAUAGAAAAAGAGAUCAGAAUAUAGAUUCUGCAACACUCGGGAGUAACUUAGUAGCAUGUAGUGGCACAUUUCUCUAAAAAAACUUGUGUAAUGUUUUUGAUACAAAGCAUGUUCAAUGUUCAUGUCAAUCUAAAAUUAUAAAUACAAAUCAAUCUGGCGGGAAUCUAUUUCGAAUAGACAAUAAUGAGAUUUUAACUGUCAAAUAAUUAUGAACCGUCGGGAAGUUGUAUAUGUCGUUAUAAGAUUGUUGAAUCUGUGAUGUAACGCGCGAGAUUGGAAAAUGUCGAAAAGUUGUGAAAAUUGCCUGACCAGCAAGUCAGGUUGGCUGAUUGAGCAGCUUUCCAUUUUCGAGUGAAGAAUUUCAUUUUUUUCCACUGCAAAUUUUAUUAUAGUUAAUUAGAUUGCACUUUGGACCUGUCUCAUCCGCCCUAUUAUGAAGAAAUCUUGAAUAUGGUAUGUAGCGUCAAGUUGAAGUUAUAUGUAUGUUCGAGUAUGUUAUAGUCGUAGAAGUGGUUACUGCAUUGUUCUUGUCGUAUAUUACUGUUAGGACAGCAUAUCUGUAAUAAAUGUGUGUAUAUUGCA